AUUAUGCCUCGUCCUGACCCAACCUUCAGCAAAACUAUAACUAAUUAGAACGACCUAAUUUUGUGCAAUUCACACUUGUAACCUUGCAUUAUAUUGUUUUCUAAUUAGUCAUGUCAACCAAUAUCAGUAAUAAACUUGAGAUCCACGCUUCUACUCUCCGCAGACAUUCGUCAAUGUCGUCACUGUAUACCAUCAUUCGUCCAUCAGUAGAGAAAUCAUCGGUAUAUGCUGCUAUUAAUUCGGCAGAUUCGGGCAGUGAGUAUAGUUUUUCAUAUCAAGACUCGUUGAUUGAAGAUAGUCUGCAGCCUUCUUCACCAGCAAGCAAUUUGAAUGCAGCCAUUUCAGGAGUGCACUUUGUUCCAUCUGUUCCAUUUGAGCAUAAUCGCAAAAAGGAGCAUUCGUUAACUCUGGCAAAAACUAAACUAGACCGUCUGAUUGCUCUUGUUUCUGAUUUCCAAAGGGAUGAAAUGAGGUCUUCAAUGUCCACUCCUGAGCUGGGGAUUAUUGAACCUUGCAAAGCUAAACGAGGAGGCUGGGCUCGUCACUUUGGCACUCCUCCAGUACCACGCAUUCCAUCCGUAUAUAAGGAUACAGACAGUAAACCAAUCACUAGAAACGGCCCUUCUGACACUACUUUUUGCGCUGACAGGUUUUUAGAUCCUCAUACUGACAGAAUGGAAUUUAAGCCGUGCGAAAAACAGUGCGCGUCAAAUAAGCUACCUGCUGCAACUGAAUCUGUGUAUAUUGACAAACAUUUGGAAUCUGUUCAAAAAACAACUAGGUCUGCGUCUGUUUCUACUUGCGAAUCAGCCAUUACUUUGAUCUCUUCUCCCUUUGCGCAACCUUUGGCUGCUCCAUUAUCUCCAGCCUUGUCUACAUUAGGCACACCGAUUCAGUCAAUUUUUUCUCAACGGUCAACUUCCUCCACCCUUAUAUCCGGCGACGAUCCCCACCGUACAGAGCCUGUCCUUUUCUAUCAUCCAAAAUCUACCUGCAGCAUGUCUUCCUUUAUGGGGGGAAGCACAAGCGAGAUGACCCUGUCACCGUCUUCUCCAACAGACUCGGUCCCACACAAAUCUUUUGGCAUACACUUUCUUCAACAAUCUCAUACACGCAGCAACCGUGCUCUGUGUGAGAGUGCGGGGCCGCUAAUUUCUACCUCGAAACCGAAUACGAGUUUGCGUAGUGCGUCGACUCCUAUUGAAGCUGGUCAGGUUUUAAGAUUACUAGAUCAAGGAGAAAAACGAUCAAACGAACCAUUGAAUGCAUCGCCACAUUUCAUGGCAUCAAAGUUUAUGAAAUUAUUUAAGCGUACAAAAUGAUGUAGACUUGGACUAAUUAAAAGGCAUUUUUAUUCACAGCUGUAUUCACAAUGGAGCAUAUUUAUCUUGCAGACUUUAUUUUGGUUUGGAAUAAACAAUGGUU